UAACUGAAGCUGAGCAUCAUCUUCCUCAGACCUCUCUCUCACUCUGCCUGAACCGGCGGACGGAGCGGAGCGACAGCAAAGUUGAAUACAGAGCAAGCUAAGCAGCACAAAGUCAGCCUCAACUAGUGCUCUCUGAACAGGUACAGAUAACUAUUCAUGUUUUAUAGUUUUAGUAGUUAUAUAUCGCUCUUUCUUCAGCGUCAACCGUUGAAUGUUUGCUCCGGACGAACCGUUGGGAUGACUGAGACAAAGAGGAUGGAGGCAAACUGACUUCUUCUCAUCUUUAUCAGGAUAACCUCACAGAAAUGUGGUCAACUUAAAGGUUAAAGGCUUUUUUCACCUGCUAACUUUAACGUUUCCGUCGACGACAGACACUAAUAGAUGUGUCUAAGUUGGAGAAUUGGACUUUUGGACUUUACAUGGACCAGAGUUGUGGAUUUCCUCUACACAAAACCCCUUGAAUGGAGAGGAUGAUGUGCACUUAAGAUAGGCCGGAUUAUAGCCUGUUUUAAAGAUGAGCCUAGGGCCAAACCUUGUUCUGGAGUGGCUGUCAAAGCUUGAUUUGGCCCAGUAUGUGGAGUCAUUCAUCGACAAUGGGUAUGACGACUUGGAAGUUUGUAAACAGAUUGGGGAGCCAGACCUCGACGCCAUAGGUGUCCAGAUUCAGUACCACAGACACCGGCUGCUCACAGCAGUGUACAGGCUAAAAGAUGAGGAUGAAAGGAAAGCACCUGGGUACUAUUUCACCUUGGAGCCUCUGGAUCCUUCUACUUGCAACCACUCUGCGCACUUAAAAAGGACUUUGAGGUCACAGACCACAGGAAUACACAAGGCCUCCUGUCCUGGAAACCACAACCUGCGAUUCACAGAUUGUAAUGACUUUGUGACUUAUCCCAAACUGAAGCUCAAAGUACUGCUAAGGGAUAAACUUGCAAAAGAUGGAAUCAACCUUGGAGAAGCGCCUUACACCCAUAAGGAUGGCUCGGUGGGGAACCUUGGUGACCUGGCUCAGGAGUAUUCUCAGUAUUACGGCACCCCCCUCAGCGACGUGUGUGAAAGGAUGGAGGAGCUACGGAAACGCAAAGUAGUGCAAGACGAAGAGAUGGGAACAGUUGACUCAGUGGCCACAUCAGUGCAGCUCCGCUCGCAGAUCCAGGAAUCUCUUGGACUCAGCAGCACCAUGUCCACUCCAGAGACUGAGAGAAGGUUUCCUGUGCACAGAUCUAGCUCUGAUGAUGGAUCAGGAGGAAAAUGGGAUGGAAAGAGAAAGAGCAAGUCUUUUUGGCAGAGUUUUCGAAAGUCACAGAAGGGAGUGUUGCGUCAGAUUUCAAAAGGUGAUGACGUCGGUUUUGUGGCCAGUGAAAUCACCAUGAGUGACGAAGAGCGUAUCCAGCUGAUGAUGAUGGUGAAGGAGAAUAUGAUCUCUAUAGAGGAAGCCCUGGCACGGCUGAAGGAGUUUGAAGUACAAAACAGACAGACGUGCAGGUCCGAUCCCCCAGAGUUGACCGAUCCCUCCAGUCCCACCACAAAUGAGUCAUUCAGCUGCAACCCUUGUGACCUGUCGGACAAUGAACAAGAGGAAUCUGUGACGUUCAGGAGGCUCCAUAAACUGGUCAACUCAACCCGGAAGGUGAAGAAGAAGCUGAUCAGAAUUGACGAGUUGAAGAGGCCCGGAGCAGAGGAGAGCUUAAUGAUUGAUGGUCUUCCUUUCGGAGAUGCCAGCACCUCCCUGUACUCAGGUGUGCAGAAGAAGCUUACCGUUUGCCCCGUAGACUCGCUGGCUUCAGCUCUGCGGGAACAGCUCACCUACGACAGGGACUCUGACAGCCUGACCACCUCGCCCUCCUCCAGCAGCCUGGACACCUGCAGCAGCCAGAAGAUCUUCCAGGUCUUUAGCAAGUCCAGUGGGAGCCCUAUUCAUCAGGAGACUAGUGUAGCGGGGGAGGUGAGGGAGGCAGGUGAAGGCAGUGGCUCUUCCUUUUCUGAAAUGGAGGGUUGCAAUGAUGAGGAAGCCAAAAUCGCUCGCUCAGUGACCGAUGGAGAGCUCCGUCACCGGAUCCUCAGCCCGCUCAGUCACCAUGGGAGAGCUUGUAGCUUUGGAGGAUUUGACCUGACCAACCGCUCACUGCACGCGGUCAUCUCUAACAACGAUAACACCAAUAAAGACGGAGAUGGUGUGAGAGAUCCCAUUAAAUCCCCAUCAACAUCUCGUAUUUCACUGGGCAAAAAAGUCAAGUCUGUGAGAGACACUAUGAGGAAACACAUAUCCAAGAGAUACCACUGUUCUCUCUCUGAACAGGUAUGCACGUCAAGCCCAGAUCGUAUAUCCAGCUGCCCUCACUCGCCUCAUACAGACUCAGACUCUUUGGAGAAACCCAAACUGAAGCCAGGAGGUUCUGUGGAAAGCCUGAGGAGUUCCCUCAGUGGACAAAGCUCCAUGAGUGGUCAGACUGUGGGCACCACCGACUCCUCCAACAGCAACAGAGAGAGUGUGAAGUCUGAGGACGGGGAGGAGGAUGAGCUGCCUUACCGCGGACCCUUCUGUGGACGCGCUCUCGUUCAUACUGACUUCACCCCCAGUCCCUACGACACAGACUCCCUCAAACUGAAGAGUGGAGACGUCAUCGAUGUCAUUAGUAAGCCUCCGAUGGGCACGUGGAUGGGGAUGCUCAACGGUAAAGUCGGCACCUUCAAGUUUAUUUAUGUGGAUGUCCUGAAUGAAGAGGAGGUGAAGCCCAAAAAGACACGCAGGAGGAGGAAGGCCCGGCAACCCAAACCCACCUCUGUAGAGGAGCUCCUUGAUCGCAUCAACCUCAAAGAGCAUCUUCCCACCUUCCUUUUUAACGGCUAUGAGGAUCUGGACACGUUCAAGUUGCUGGAGGAGGAGGACCUGGACGAGCUGAACAUCAGAGACCCCCAGCACAGAGCGGUGCUGCUCACCGCUGUGGAGUUGCUGCAGGAGUACGAUGGAAGCAGCGACCCAGAGCGAGGAGGUCAGUCUGGAGGCUCACAGGAGAAGCUGCUCCUGGACCGCCGUGGCCUCACAGGAGACUCGCCCCGGGACUCCGGCUGCUACGAGAGCAACGAGAACCUGGAGAACGGAAGGGACAAAAAGACAUCUUCAUCCAUGAGCAGGUCCUCCUCCGGUUUUGAGUCGAGCCACCUCCCGUCCCCAGAGUACCCCGUCCUCCCCCAGACCCUGACCUCCACUGGCCCUAGUAAGACUUCUCUCCAAAGUAAACCAGCAUGCCUGCCCUGUGUCUUAACACCACUAAGACCCCCGAAGAGCAGCUUAAGCCUCCUAAGCCCAGCAAAAGGUCAUCGUGUCAGUGGAGCCAUUGCUCGGAGCCUGAGCUGCAUGGAGCUAAGGAGAAACCCAGCACCGGAUCUGCUGAGGAGGAGCUUCUCCCUGACUGUCCUCCACAAAGAGAAGGAGAGAAAACCCAUCAAGCCUAAAAACUGGAAUCUGACCCCCAUUGUCAAGACAGAGAAGAGCAGACGGCAAACAGUAAAUCCUCAAAAACAUUGUGAGCUCAUGUUUCCGUCUUCCCAUCUUGCCCCUAAACAAGCAGAAACAACAAAAAUCCCACACCUCCUCCGACUGCCACCGACAGUCCCAGCAGAAAGGUCCAGUCAUCCUUUAACUACACCUUCCUCACCCAACCCAGAGCCGGUACUAACAGAGACUGCCUGCAUGUACAACCACACAAACCACAUCUCGUCAGAGGAUAAGACGAGUCGCUCAGUUUCAGCCAGUUCUGAAGCCCGCCGGCUGAUAAUGAAAAGAAAUAAGAAGAGGUCCACAAACUCAGUUAAUCUGGGUUCUCUGACAGAAGAAAGACUCCCGGUGCAGCAUGUUGAUCUCAAAAUGGAGCCAAUUUCUGACAAAGUUUUGGCCUCAAAAGAACAAUGAACUGUCACUUUACGGAUCUAAAAACUAGGGAAGCACGAUUAUGGUCAAAAUGAUAAUCACGAUUAUUUUUUUAUCAAUAUGGAGAUCAAAUCUUUGCAUCAAAAUAAGACUGGUCCUUAUUCACACUGCAUCUCCUACAUGCAGUAUUACUCUUCUACUCUGGACUGCAGCCGCAACAUUCAGGAAACUUUCUCACAGGCUGCGGCUGUAGGAUGCACAUGGACAGCGGUAUGACAGCUCCCCAAAAGUGAAGCCAAAACAUCUGGAUCGCCCCCUGGUGGCUGGCUGUUAGUUUAGGAAGUGAUUCAUUUGUGAUGCAGCAGAGUUUUCUAUGAGCGGAGCAUUUUAAACGUCAAUCUUG